UAAAGUCAUACUAUAUGCUGCAAGCCUGCACUACCUAUAUUCAAUCACCAUCACCAUCACCAUCACCAUCACCAUCGAAGUUCGACUAUAAUCAGAGUUCACUCAAACUCAAUUCAAAUGGAAUCACUAAUAAGUCGCAGAACCAUGUUCUUCAAUCUCUAUGUUGUAUCUCUUCUCUUCACCACAAUCACAGCAACCCAAAAUCCAUCAUCAUCAACAUCAUCAAUCAUCUCCAGAUUCCAAGAAUACCUUCGAAUCAAUACUGCCCAGCCAAAUCCCAAGUACUAUGAAGCUGCUGAUUUCAUCUUAUCUCAAGCUAAAUCCUUAUCCCUUGAAUCCCAAACUAUUGAAUUUGUCAAAAAUAAGCCCUUAAUCUUGCUCAAAUGGCCUGGUAAAAACCCUAAAUUACCCUCAGUUCUUCUCAAUUCUCACACCGACGUCGUUCCGGUGGAAUCCCACAAAUGGUCUCAUGACCCUUUUGCUGCCCAUAUUGAUUCUCAUGGCAAUAUUUAUGCCAGAGGUUCUCAGGAUAUGAAAUGUGUGGGUUUGCAGUAUUUGGAAGCUAUUCGGAAGCUGAAGAAUUCUGGCUUCGAGCCCACUCGCACCAUUUAUUUGUCAUUUGUGCCAGAUGAAGAGAUUGGAGGGCAUGAUGGGGCUGAAUUGCUGGCUGAAUCUGAAGUUUAUAAAAAUAUGAACGUGGCCUUUGUUCUGGAUGAGGGACUUGCAUCACCAGGAGAGAAGUAUCGGGCAUUUUAUGCUGAGAGAUCACCAAUGUGGACAGUGAUCAAGGCUACUGGGGCACCUGGGCAUGGGGCUAAGCUGUAUGAUAAUACAGCAAUGGAGAAUUUGUUGAAGAGUAUUGAGAGUAUAAGAAGAUUUCGAGCUUCACAAUUUGAUAUGGUAAAGGCUGGCUUGAAAGCUGAAGGUGAAGUUGUUUCUGUAAAUAUGGCAUUUCUGAAAGCUGGCACUAAAACACCUACUGGUUUUGUCAUGAACUUGCAACCUUCUGAAGCUGAAGCAGGUUUUGAUAUUCGGAUUCCACCAACAACUGAUCAAGAAGCCUUCAUAAAACGUAUUGCUGACGAGUGGGCCCCUGCUUCACGUAACAUGACUUUUGAGCAUGGGCAGUUUAAGCAGAAGCAAUCUGUGCUCGACAACUCCGGUAACCCAGCUCUCACUGUUGCUGGCAGUUCUAACCCCUGGUGGGUCCUCUUAGAAGAAGCUGUUCGCAGUGCUGGUGGAGAACUUGAAAACCCAGAAAUUUUCCCAGCUUCUACAGAUGCUCGUUACUUUAGGCGACAAGGCCUGCCUGCUAUAGGUUUCUCUCCAAUGGCAAAUACUCCAAUUCUAUUACAUGAUCAUAAUGAGUUCCUAAACCAAGCAGAGUAUCUUAAGGGAGUUGACAUAUAUGUGUCUAUCAUCAAAGCGUAUGCAUCCUACGCCGAGCAUGCAGAAGCGAAAGAGUCUAACUCCAGGGAUGAGUUGUAAAGAGGCCUUUUCUUUUCAGAAGAGUCCAACUCCAGGGAUGAGUUGUAAAGAGGUUUUUUCUUUUCAGUAGACCAGAUUCGACAACACUAUUGUGCUGAGAAUCACACUAUUCCUAUUACAACUCCUUUCUGUCAAAUAACGUUUCAGGAGUGAUUUACUGAACGUGAAACCGUGUGGAUUUGUUGCCUGGUAAUUGUUACAUAUGAAAUCUACCAGUGUAUUGGUGUAAACUUCAAACUCCAUACUUGUCAGGCUUUACAAUCUUAGAUUCAAUGGAUGUUAUGAGUAGUGGAGCAAAGUUGAACUCACUGACUUAUCCUUACCAGGGGAUAAAGCUUCAGUCAUUCCAUUUAAUGUGUAGGAGAUAACAUAAGCUCCUGUAACUUGCCACCUCUUUAUAAUUGCAGAAAAAAUGCAGCAUGUAUGGUUGCCGAUGAA